AUGCCUACGUGGAUCAGGGAAGGGCGCCCAAGUGGCCGACCUGUGGGGCAGGAUGCCUCGAAAGCUACAAGCCCGGCUCUGGGUGACAUGACCAACUCGGGGGAUGGGAAAGCACGGGCGGUGACCAAUGCAGGCAAGAAAGCUUGCGGAAGUGCGCAACGAGGCGAUGCCGGAAGCAGGCUCAAUCUGAGUACCGCAGUCACUCCAGUCCGGUCUAGUCGCCUCUCUUCCGGGAAUGGCAAGCGCGUCGAUCAGCCCUCUGCCGGGCAGGCAAGGUACGCUCAGACGAAACUUCCUGUCGCACACUCUGCGCCGCGUCAGCCUGCUUCGGAGCCCAAGCCGCGAGUCGAUGCUUCCAGCGCCAUCUUCGACCGUCAGUCUCGCACCGCUCGGAAAAGCGACGGUACAGUCCCUUCUAGUAGGCGCGACGAAUCUCCUCAUCAACCGCUGCACAAACGUCAGCGUACGCGAUCGCCGGAGGCGCACGCUGGUGAUCGCGCUACAACACCUGACAUGCAGCGACGUCGUUCCAGUAAAGACAGAUUCUUCACCCGCACAAAUCAAGAUUUCGAUCCUUUUGCGAUCUUUGGACCUGCGCCGCCGUCGAGCCUACAGCGCCUGGCUCCGAGGGUCCAAAUUGGUACACCUCGCUUAGUCGCACCCACCACGCGGUCGAAGGAACACACCAGUCACAGCCCUGAUGACGAAGCACCAGUGCGACUGCCGCCGAAUCGGAGCAUCAGCGCCUCGAAGGAUGCAACGCGCUCGACCGACUACAAUGCUGCGGAUGUGCAAACAUUGUGGGAAGGCGACAGUAUUUGGCGUGGAGAAGUUGAGCCGGAAUGGGACGGGAAAGUGAAUGGCAAUGCACGUCAGCAUCACGAGUCGAUGCGAGCUUGGAGACAGGCCGCGGGCUAUCUCAACACUCAAGAUAGAUGUCACAUAGAGAAGGACUCCUGUAGUGCGCCUCCUCGCGCACAAGAGCGGAACGACUCCACUACCACGUCACACAAUGGGGCGAGCAGCGCCGGAAGCCAGGCCCCGCAAGAACGGCAGCGAGUGAGACGAGACGUGAGACGGGCCAAUCAGUUCGCAAUGACUGAGCACACAGCUGUGCGGGCUGGAAAAGAAGACGCACUCGAAGCGGUGGACGCGGAACAAGUGUCCAAGAACAAGCUCUUUUUUCCCGCCACGCCCUCACGCCACGAUCAAGCGCCAAGCGAAGACCAUGGCAUGAGUUCCCAAUCGCGGAUUCUCAAGCGCUCUGCCGCUAAGGCUGAUAAUGAGCCAAAUGCGCAGAUUGAGCAGAACCGUCUUGUACAUGGCUACUCGAUCGUCAAUGUCGGUGAUGCGUGGCUUCCAUCCAGUCAGAGCCAGACGCAAACCACCCACAGGUCUUCGGAUGACGAUCGAAGACCUGUAUUUCCGCGCACAAAUGCAGCAAUGAUCGAUGGCGAAGGCAGACCGCAGGCUUUGUUCAGGUCGCCUCGCACAGGCAGGCGACUUUACGCUCUCGAAACCCAACUGGCUGAAGCCUCCAAAGACCACAACACCCCUGCUGUCCGUUUGGAACAAUCUGCCACACGUCGCGGAAGACAUGUCGACCCUCCAUUUAGCCCGGCGGACCGCUUGAGAUCGGGUUCGAGCUCGUCUGAGACGAGCAGCCCAGCUUCGCCACCCAGCACCAAGAGCUCCAACCACCAGCUGAGAAGGCCAAUCAACACCAGGCGAACAUCUCUCUUUGGCGGCUCGAGUCCUCUGACGUCAGAAGGGACUGUGGCGAAGCGUGCUAGCGAGCCCAUGGUGGAGAUUGCUUCCAGGAAGCGGUCCUCUUCGAGUAAGAAACCGCAAUGCCCCUACGCCGACACUUAUGAGUCGGUUGAGGAUUCAGCUGGUUUUGAUGAUGGCAGAUGGGCAGACGACGAGACGUAUGCUCCAAGCAAAGCUCUUUUGAAGGGUAGUAAUGACAGCUCGGGUGAGGUACUUAGCAGACGUGGCUCAAACCGGUUGCGGCAAAAAAGCAAAGAUGAUGGGUCCGUUCCUGCAAUUGCCGAGGCGGCAGCAUCAGACGCCGAAGAUACACAACCUUCGGCCUGGACUGGAGAAGAGAUUCAGGAAGCCGGCAGAGGCGGAUGUAGGCAGCAUAAGCGGGCCUUGUGGCCCUCGCGCCAGGCUUCUAUCAGACCACGAAUGGGAUGGGGUGACCUGGAUGCGAAUUGGGAAGGUGUGGAGGCACCCGCUCCAUCCCGCAGCUCUAUCCGCUCGCAAGACAGCUUUGAACAGUCCACUCUCAGUCAGUUUGGAUUUGAGACGCGAAGAUCCAAGCUGGCGCGCUCCCCGGAACGCGGUAGGAACGCAAGUCGCCAGAGCGAAGGAAGCAGCAGCUCUAGUGGGCCAGGGGACUCCUCUGCUCAGCAGGAGACGGAGGACAUCUCGGCAUUGCUGACUCGCCAUUUAGUUGAUGGGCUUAGCGAUGAUGAGUCCGUCGGACACGAAGUUGUCGCUAUGCGAGACGCCGACGCACGACCAGCCUUGGAACAGAUGGGAGACGAGACUCAGGUGCUGUUGCCUUCAGAUGAAGAUGGAGAUGAGACGCAGCCUCUCGAAUUUUCUCCAAGUCCAAGCCCUCGCCGCAGGCAAGCUUAUCCCUCGAGCAACCGCGGAAGACUUGCCUCAGAGACUGCGUCUAGCAGCAAGCUUCCUCUACACAGUCGUCGAGACGUGAUGCAGAAUGACCAGGUCGCAGACGAUGACGUCAUCAAUCCCGCCUUUCUAAAGAUGAUGGAGAUAGAGCAAGCGUCCCGUUUCGGCCUUCAGCACGACAGUCGCACGCGUGGUCAGUCACCAUCUCCGCGUGCCAAUGCGAGUUUGGAUUCCAGUCAGACACAGAGCCACACGGAAUACUCUUCCAGUCCAGCCAUCGCUCGAACAGGCGCGAGCGCAAUGAUGUCCCCACAAACCCAGAGCAGGUCGUCUGCAUCUGCAGUGUCCAGUCAAGAGCAACGCAUUUCCAUACCUCACCUCUCAUCCCUCGACACCCAAUCCAGGGCUUUCUUCGAUCGACUCUGA